CUAUAUAGUGAUUUAGUAGGGCAGGUUAGAGUUGGGGACUUUCAAUAUUAUUUUGACAGAUGAUAAAAUUUGGAAUUUUUUUAACUAGAAAGUUUUUUAUUUUUAUUUUUUAUUAGAACACCUUUGGUGAAGUCUGUCUAUAACUAGUACCAAUUUGGCAUCAAAAUAAGACGAAGGUUCUAGUAGCCAGUAUUGGAUACGAUUUUGAGUGUUUAAUUGAUGUAGGUUUGUCGACCCUGAAUGCUCCAAAUAUUUGCAAUUCGUCUCUUUAUCUUUGUUGACUUUGGCACUUAGGACACAUCUUACCUCCUUUAGCACAUCCACAUCCUGUCAAAUCAACACCUCUAACAGUUAAAUCACCAAAAGCAAGAUGCCUUCCCUUCUUGGUUAUUGCAUUAACUAUACCUGACUAGGUUGAAACACCUAGUACCUUAUGCAAUAAAAUUCUCCAUCUUGGAAGUCCUGCACAUAAAGGGCCAUGUUUGCAUCAGCGGCUACAUAUCUAGCUUAGAAAGAAUGGCAUAGGAAUUAUAUAACGAUCCAAAGUGCAAAAUAAGCAUGUUCGUAGUCUACGACUCGUAUUCUCCCAGAACCGACAGAUGUACCUUUCUCCUCUGCGGUGUUUAUGGGAGAAAAUUCUGCAGCCCAUUAUAGUCCACAACUGCCGGUCAAAGUGGUUCUUCUCAUAUCUCAAAAAGUCUAUCGCCUCAUAGUCUACAAGUGCAGACCAAUGUGAUUUUCUGAUCAAACUCAAUAGUUCUUUAUAGUCCGCACACGCUGGCCAACAUUGAUCACCUGAUUAUUAGGAAACGCUACAGCUCCUUAAAGUAUCACACGCAUUGGCCAACAUGGAUCUCCCAAUAGCUGAAAAAUUCUAUAGCUGGUCAUAGUUUAAACACGCCGACCAAAAUCACCUCCCUGCUAAAAACGAAGCUAACAUGAAUCCCCAGAGCUCCUCCUCAUCCCUAUACAAUAGCAAACCAUUUUGUGCCAUUUGAAGUCCGAUCUUUCCUACGAUCAACACAUUCCCAACAAUUUUUCAACCCGGUGGAAGAUCUCUGUUUGAUAGGAAACACCUGUUUUCUUUGGGAACAUUCACUAGCUCCCCAUAAACUGUAUGGUCAGGUGAAGCGGAGCCAUCUUGCAGCACAAGACACAACACUACUGAGAUGUCUUUAAGUCAAGAAAAACAUGGAGUUUUACACUAUAUAUGUAACCAAUCAGUUUCCACCACUUGGAUACCUCUGGAAACACGACAAAGUUAGGAGCUGUCCUACUGCUAGUUGAGGGAAGCAACAGGGUGCCUGGCAGGGGCUUAGGUGUGCUUGGUGUCACAGAUGAGGUCACCCUUUAGACACGUCCAGUGCCAUGAGCUUGGGGAAGCCAUGUGGCAGCUGUGGGCUUGGAGGUGCCACCAGAAGACUCCCCACCACUCAAGCCCCGCUCCCCAGCGGAGGGAAAGUGGGUGUAAAAUACGGGGGGUGGGUGCGAGUUGGAAGGACAAUGGGAGGGGGCAGGAGGAGGGGAGAAACAGCGACCUAGCGACUCCGACGAAGAGGAAGGAGGGAGGGUGUAAUAAUGAAGGUGGGCGGUUCGGUGUUUGGUGCUGAAGGAUACACUGAAGAAGAAGAAGAUCGCUGAGCUCGGAUCGCGCUUUUCCACCCGCCCUCCCCCUCCCUAUCUGCGCUCGAUUGUGGAUCCUGUGGAGAGCCGGGAAUCCGCCGGAGCGCUGAGUGUAUACACAUAGAGCGCUCGGUGUGCCCGUGUGAGUGUGCCCGAGUGAGUGUGUGAGGCGGCUGCGCAGCUCCUGUGCGCACACUACUAGCACACUGGCAUUUCAGAGGAGGCCAAGCACACACAACUGAGAGAAAGUACUGUGCUCAGCCCGGCGGCGGCUCCCAGACCCCCGGACCCCACCAGCAUGGCUUCCGAGGAACUCUAUGAGGUAGAAAGAAUUGUUGACAAAAGAAAAAAUAAAAAAGGCAAAAUUGAAUAUUUGGUGCACUGGAAAGGAUAUGCCAGUGGUGAUGACACUUGGGAACCAGAGCAACAUCUAGUAAACUGUGAGGAAUAUAUUCUUGAAUUUAAUAGAAGACUCAAUGAAAAGCCAAAAGACAACACAAUAUCAAAAACAAAUAGGACCUCACCCAAUAAUGCCAGAAAACAAAUCUCGAGGUCAACAAAUAGUUCUUUUUCAAGAACUUCACCUAAAACUUUGACUGUUAGUAAGGAUAGUGACUCAAAAAAUACUCAACUUUCUACCAGUCCAAAACUACGCAAAAGUCCUCCUCAAUUAAUUCCACUAAGGAAAAAUAUGGACCUUUCUAGAUCAGGUAUCAAAAUUCUUGUACCAAAAAGUCCCAUGAAAAACAGGAAUUCAGUAGAUGGAUUUCAAAAUGAACCUGGGGAAAAGCUAAACCAUAUUGAACAAGAGCAGGACUCCGUAGCACCAGAAGUAACUGCUGAGAAACCAGUUGGAGCUUUACUGGGACCUGGUGCUGAAAGGGCUCGAAUGGGAAGUAGACCAAGACCACCAUCACUAGUGCCACAAAUACAGCUGCCGUUGACUGUUACAACAGCAUCAGCAUUAGCAGUUAAUGGAAAAGGACCAUCUACUUUUAUGCAGGCAUUGACUGCAAAUGGUACCAACACUUUGCAGACAUCAGUGGCAGGAGUUACGGGAAAGCGGAGGUUUAUUGAUGAGCGGAGAGACCAGUCUUUUGAUAAAAGGCUACGAUUCAGUGUAAGGCAAACGGAAAGUGCAUACCGAUACAGGGAUAUUGUUGUGCGCAAACAGGAUGGAUUUACACAUAUCUUACUUUCAACAAAAUCAUCUGAGAAUAAUUCACUGAAUCCUGAGGUAAUGAAGGAGGUCCAAGGUGCACUAGCCACGGCAGCUGCUGAUGACAGCAAGCUCGUUCUUUUCAGUGCAGUUGGGAGUGUGUUUUGCUGUGGGCUGGAUUUCAUUUAUUUUAUAAGACGCUUGACAGACGAUCGAAAGAAAGAGAGCACUAAAAUGGCUGAUGCAAUUAGAGUGUUUGUGAAUACUUUCAUACAGUUUAAGAAACCAAUUAUCGUUGCUGUAAAUGGACCUGCAAUCGGCCUUGGUGCAUCCAUAUUGCCUCUUUGUGAUGUUAUCUGGGCCAAUGAGAAAGCAUGGUUUCAGACACCUUACACUACUUUUGGACAAAGCCCAGAUGGGUGUUCAUCAUUAUUGUUUCCUAAAAUAAUGGGAAUUGCAUCAGCAAAUGAGAUGUUACUCAGUGGAAGAAAACUGACUGCACAAGAAGCAUGUGCGAAGGGCCUUGUAUCUCAGGUUUUCUGGCCUGGGACUUUCACACAGGAAGUUAUGGUCCGCAUUAAGGAACUAGUGACCUGCAAUCCCAUUGUACUUGAAGAGUCCAAAGCUUUAGUCCGAAACGUCAUGAAAGUAGAUUUGGAGCAAACAAAUGAAAGGGAGUGUGAAUUGCUUAAGAAAAUCUGGGGAUCUGCACAAGGAAUGGACUCCAUGUUGAAAUACUUGCAAAGGAAAAUUGAUGAAUUCUAAAAAUCCAUUGCUUGUUUUAUGAAAUAGCCUUGAAACACUUAAAGGGAUAUCUGCACCAGGUGCAAUACCCAAGCUUAUUUAUUUUUUUUUUAAUUUUAAGUUUUGAACAAAUAUCUGAAGCCUGCCAUCAAAUCUUCCCAGGCAGAAGUAAGAUAUGGAGUGAAUUUACAGGACAUCUAGCAAAUCACAUCUUGGUGUCUGCAGACGUUGUAAUAAAAGACUAUGUUGUGACAAGGAAGUAUGGAAAAAUGCAUAUUUUUUUUGUUCAUAAGAUAUAUAUAUAUAUAUAUAAAAUUCUAUAAAUAUAUAUUUAAAAUGAAAAACGGGUAGCAGUGAGCCCUGACAUUCAUUGCCCACUGAGGUUGGACUGUGGAAACGCUUUAGUUCAAAAGAAGGUAAAAUACCUCAGACAUGGAUAUUUUUUUUUUUUUUUUUAAAGGACUUAAUUCCUACAGGACUAUAACUAUGUACGGAUGCAAAAAAUGUGUGUGUGUGGGUACUCAGGACAUAUGCUAAUUAAAUGGAAGAGGAAAAAAAUCUGAUAUACUGUCAGGAACAAGUUAAGUUCCUUUUACGUUAGCAUGAUGAAACCACUGUCAAGAUUAUUUCCUGUGUGUGAUGCAGUAUUAACAGGUCACUGAUUUAUUUUAUGUUUAAGAGUGAGGUUCAUUUACUCUUCUGAGGCAAUUUUACAUAGAUUUUUAGUUCCUGAGUGAAACUUCCUAGCUGUUUGCAGGUAAUGUAUUACACCAAAAAUAAUUUUAUGUUCAUACAUGUAUAAAUGUUAGGUUUCACUAGAAUAUAUUUUAUUUAAUAAGUUAAUUUUGGUACACUAUUAAAUUGCAAAAUACUCUCCCUAAACUACCUUUUUUUUAUUAGGAGUAUGCUAUUCUAUUCUAUUGCCUUUUUUUAAUCGAUACACUAUAAGUCCCAAAUAUAUAUUUUACUUCUGUAUAGUUUAGGAGUGUCUUGUAAAUAUAUCUAAUGUGACAUCAAUACCUAGAGCAAUGAUUGACUUGUGACUAAAGGUAUAUAACUCUGGAUACUAAAAUAUCUGUGCUUGCAAUGUAGUUGAAUGUAUGAAGAAAAGUAAUCCACAUUAUUUUUGUACAGUUUUUACAUUUUUACUUCCAACUGACCAUCUCCCAUUCUUGUCGGAAAAUUGCUCACAGCAUAAAUCUGCCUGGUAGCUUGGGUUGGUACAGUAUUUGCAUUCAUUGGACCUAUGCUUUUGUUCUAAAGAUAAAAUAUAUACACUGUACAGUCUGUAAAGUUUUCUAAAAUAUACAUCUGUGAAAUUGGCUUAAAAUAAAACAAAAUUUUCUUAACAUAAUUCAUACUGUCCUGGCAGGCUUUCCUGGUUUAUUGAUGUGUCACUUUAAAAUAAACAUGUUUUUUUAUAGUAA